AUGGCAGAUACCGGCGAAUUGUUAGACAUCAUAAAGGAUGAGUGUGCUCUUACAGUCACACAAGGUCUCCCAGUUACAUCCGUCUGGAAACUGGUAACCGACUACCUCGAAAAAGACGAAACCGUCGUCGUUCCGAUAGAAAUCCUCGAUCCAACUGUACCCAACCCUCCAAUUACUUAUCACCCUGCUCGUCCCCUCGAUAUAUCUUUAAGGCAAAUUAUUUGGGAAUUUAUACAACAAGAUUCAGAAAUUAGCAUCGGUGUCAAUAAUGAAGGGAAAGAUUUGUCAUUCGAUGACGCUGAGGCGGGUGUCGGCGCGGAAUGUCAGCCUAAUGCGAAAGGAAAACUAGCUGAGUGGAGGCUUUAUGCAUCAGAAAGUCUUCAAUGGAAACGUAUUGCUGGCCAUGACAUCGACAAGAUCCGCUUGUUUCCCACUUUAUGGGAGUUACUUAAGAUUAUUGCAAUGAAUAGAGAGGACGGGAUUCUACAACCAGCUUUGACAUCGCAAUCUGGCCAAGAUGCCCGCUCCGUGGGUCCCCGAACGAAAGAUUUGGCUGGCAAGGGUUACAUUAUGAAGAUACCUGUCAUAGCCCUCAAAGUGCGUACUUCGAAGCUUAUCCUGAAACGAUUCUAUAAAGGGGCGGUUGAGAAGCGUAAAACUCAAAAGAAGAAGCGUAUGGCCACAAUAAAGGAACAUGCAAAGGCCGGAAAGAAACCUCCUAGAGAAAUGCAAGAAGAACCCUUGGAUAUUGAAGAAGUGAUCAAAACUAUAAUGAAGUUGUUAAAGUCAGCCAAGAACAAGGUCAUGCUUGUCGAAGAUCUAAAGUUUAGGCUUAAUUGCACCUCUACCAGAUCUCGCAGAAAGGCCUGUCGUAGGAUCUUGGCGAAACUUGAAUCUAUGGGAUGUCUCCAGAAAAUCAGGGCGUUGGGUUCGCAGCACGCUCACGCCGACAAAUUCAAUUUUGGUCCUGUCGGCGAGGAUGAGGUUGCAGACUUAAAAGGCGCUCGGUUUUCGAAAUGCGUCAAAUUUGUUCGUGACUUGCGGCCUCUCGAGUGGCCAGAAGCUGUCAAAGGAGUUCGGCCUGCGGUCGCACAAGAUGAAGAAGAGGAUGAUCUUGAUGAGAUAGAUUCGGACGAUGAACAAGAUGACGGCUACAGAGUUAUUCGAUCUGCGCCCAUGGUAAGAAUUAUAGAUGGGCGACGGGUCACUGUCCCAUUAUGGAGGAAAACGCAUCUCAUGCACAUAAUCUAUGAUCAAGUGCUAGCUGCAGGUAUAGAGGGCAUCCGAAGCGGGUUACUCUCUGGCGCAGUCUUUGGUCCAUUCUACUACCGCCCGUUUGAUCAGAUCAUGGGACGGUGGACGACAAAUUCUCUUCUCAACCAGCCCGACCAUCUCAAGUCUACAUCGCUUGUUAGAGAAACUGAUAUAUAUAAAAGAACCGCUAAUUACCGAUACUGGACUACGGAACAUUUCCAGGCCAUGCUUGAAGAGAAGCAGAUAGACUACGCGGCUGCAGACGCAGCGGCUAAUCCUUUCAAAAUAGGUCAAAAGAAAAAGAAGUUUAUCACUAAAGUUGAUCAAAAUGACGAUGACGGCGAGGAGCCCGGAUCUAUUGACCAAAAUGGGUUCGGGAGGUUGAACACCACGAGUUUUGUUCACGGCGACGGCCGUGGAAGCUUCCAGGAUUGCCAAAAUGCGGCCCCAAAGAAAGGAAGUGGCUUGAAGCCUCCAGGAGUAUCUCCGUUGAAAGGUCGCAAGAGGGUUAAACGUGAACCAGGCGAUCUAGAAGGUCCACAGAAGUUACUGAAAAAACGGAAGGCUCCUAGAAAGAGUGAUGCCACUGAGGCGCAGGAGGAAGAUAUGGAACCUCCAGUGGAGGAUGAAGCGGUUGUUAUUAUCGGCCGGAAGAGGAAGUAUCCUCCUGGCACGGAGCCAUAUCUGAAGGAAAAACCUCGGAUUGAAGCGGUGAAGAAAGCACUGAGAUUAGGCUCUAUUAAAGAAGUCCUCGCGGAUGGCACGCCAAUCAAUUCUGGCGAGCUUCCAGAAGGCUUCCAGCCUCUUUCUGCAAUAGAUGAGAAUUCUUGGACGGUUGAAAUGAUCGCAGAGAGGACAUUCUUCGACCUCGUGGGGCUAAAACCUUAUCAGAUACCUCUGGCUACAGCACGCUACCGGAGUGCGACUACCAAAAAAGGCCGCCCAAAGAAGUCGGAGAUUGCCUCAGAACCACUGCAUUCACCUUCACCAGUCCCGUCGCCUCCUCCGCCGCCUCCUCCACCUCCACCACCAACCCAGCAACAAACGUUCCAGUUAGGCCCAAUUUUCCAACCUGGCCCUAAAGGCCUUGUGGAACUUGCAAUCGAGACCAAGUCCCAACCCGAAACCCCGAGUAAACCGGCUAAAAGAGUCUAUAAACGAAGAAAAACAGACGGUAAUGAUAGUAUACCGAUCAGCGAAGCGGCUGCGGGAUCCGGGGUGGCGGGUACGGUCGAGCAGCCUGUUAGUUUAGAAGAUACCACUCGACCUACUAUUGAAGCAUCGACCCCCCAAAAGCAAUCCCGGGCUAAGAAGUUGAAGGAAUCUGCUGCCUCUGGAGUUGGACUUAAUGAAAUUGCAACCAAGCCGACUCCUAAACGCAAGGCUAAUAGCAAUAGUACUCCUCUUAAAGCAUCUCCCUCGAAGAAGGCUAAGAUAGCUAGUCACGAUCUCACUGUCGAACCGGCUAGUCAACAUGAAGGGGUAGUAACUAUGGGGGCCGACACCCCCCGCGGCAUUAUGGUUCAGACAAACAUUCCACCGGCGGCACCUACCCAGACAAAAUUUAGCAGAAACCACAGCUCGGCCCCAAACCUCGAUGCUACAUCUACAGAUACAACCUUUUCAAAGAAUCCUAUAACUUUACCGGGUAAAACUACUUUUGGCCCAGAUUCGACAGAUUCCGCUUCUAUUGUAGAUGGAGACCAGGAACCAGAUUCAGGUAACCCAAAACCUGAUCGAGAACCAGCGCCAAUGAUAUCACAAAAAACUCCUGGUGCUUCAAAGUCUCAGUUACAGGGCAUAGAAAAUCAUGCUGAAUCGUCAACUACCGAAAGACCAAAUGAUAGGAUCAGAAAGGACGAUGUGCCCCAGAGUGGAAAUUCCCCCGUUGUCAUUGACCUUGAGGCGGCUCAACCUGGCCCGAAUAAUGAUAUUUCCCAGGCCGGGGGGCGAGAUUCAUCCCCCGUCAAAGCCUUGCCAACUGCCCCGGAGCCUCCUAAACUCCAACCGUUUAUAGGUGAGGAUGGAAUUCGCCUUGAGCUCGUUCCGGCCGCAGUCCGCAAAAAUAGGAGCAUUGGCGGUGUUCUCAAGGCCAACCGACGUCGACUUCUCAUGGACCUCCUCGCAUCCGCUGGGGGUGCAAUCUCCGUCAAUACUGGGUACCGCAGAUUUGUCGAAUACAUCAGAGAACAGACCGACCAAACAUCGAAAAUGGAUCGCAAAACCUUUAAUAGUAUUAUUGAAGACACGAACCGCGAUGGGAAACUAUUUGCCAUCGGAGUCUUCAAGGGUCCGAAGAGACUAGGAACCAUAAUUGCGACAACGGAUACAACCUUUCAGGAUGAAAAGGUUCAGCAAGCCAAGAAGACUAUACUUGAAGAAAUUGACAAACCUUUUGCUUGGAAACAAAAUGUUUCUAAGGGGAUAGUGCCCAAAACUGUUAUCGUUCCGAUUGAACGUAUUGACUUUCAAAGGUAUUCCUAUGCCAGUAAGGCAGCUGCUCUCGGAAACAGCAGUACUAGGCGUCGGCUGGAUGAUGAGAAAAUGUCUACGCUUGCACGACUUCAGGCUAUCACCGAAAGCGAGAAGAAAGAGAAAGCGGCGAAAAAAGGUAAAAAGGGAGUCAUCAAGAAGUCUCAGCCUAUUACUACUAGGACACGUUCAAAAACCAACAACACUCAUUUAUCGCGACAACUUGAUGCUGGUAGCGACACUGAAGGAUUUGGCAGGGGUAAUGAGCAUCUCCGGGGAGCUAGACAAGGCAAACAAAGUGACGAUAUGGACUCCGAUCCUGAUGUUCCAGAAGACGCUUUGCAUAGAUGGCAGGUCCCUCGUGCAGAUCCUAAUAUGUAUCCUGGACACACGACCAAUUUCCCUCCGUAUACUGUACCGGAAGCUGGAAACUUUGGCUCUGGAAGUUUGGGAACUUAUGAGGACUAUGCUGCUGUAUCGGCUGCGAGGAAUGAGAUUGAGGCAAGAUAUGGCAAGCUGGAUGCCGACGAUUACGAGUUAAUUCGACCAAGGAGACGAACACAAGCAGGCGGAAGGGGUGCAAGACCUCAGGUCCGACCUAUGAUGACCAAUGAACGAGAAAUAAACCCGAAUCUCGAACCGCUUGUUGCUCCGACAGAACCCAAGAAACGAAGCAGGAAGCCCAGAGAACUCAGAUCAGCUACAGAGCCAAGGGCUACGAGAGAGAGAAAACCGAAGCCAAAAGUUAUAAGGAUACCUCGUCCAAAGGAUGUACCACGCAUAAGAACGACUUUGGAGGAAGACGAAACGCUUACAUUAGCAGUGAUCAUUAUACGUACACUCUUCGGUGGCUAUGUUCGAAGUAUCAAAUGGGAUCUUGUUGCAAAGGCACUUCCGUCAUAUGACAGAUGGUCUAUACAAUCACAUUGGCCGAGAGUUCGAGCUAAAAUGAAGGAUGAAAUCCCGCAGUACCAAUCUGAAUUUGAGGAGCAGUACCUUAGAUACUUUUAUAAAGGGAAGCUUCCAUUUUUUGAUAAGUCCUACGGGGUGGACUUUGAUUUGCUGUGGCACGUGAAUUGGCUAAGGCCAUUUGUGAAGAAUAUACGCCCUGUCACUGAACGCCGUAUUUUACCCGAUACAAGAGCUAACUUGGAGGCUAUGUAUGAGGUUUCAUGUGCCCCAUUGGACUGGAGGAGAGACUUCUUUAACUACAUGACUACGAUGUCAUGGAAGGAACACCAAUUAAAGAACCACUCGAGUUCGACGGUCAAGCUAGAAGAAGCCGAUUCAGCAGCCCCAGAAAAACGACAGUCGGUAGAGCGGGCGAAAUACGCUUGGAGAUCAAUUUUUAUCACCGAAGACAACAAGUACGACGAUCCAAAGGCAAGAGAGUUGAUCAAGGUUUAUCCACAAGCUGUUAGUGCUGCUGCUCUUACAGAACUCCACAAAGUGGACAGGUUCAUUAUCAGAAGCCGGAAGGGGGGGAGGUAUGGAACCGCGACGGCACAGGCGAGGGUUUUACAACCUUGGAGGACUACUUUUUCCAUCCAGGCUUUUGAGGAGGCGCAGAGUUUCUAUGAAGACGUGAUCAGAGGCCUGGGGGAGAAGGAUGAGUGUAGGUUGGUUUCUACGUCUUUGACGACCGGGACUAUGGCAUGGUUGCUGGAUCGGGUGGUUCGAGACGAGGUCGAUAUAUAUACAAAAGACUACAAGACUACCAGUCGUGGUUUGGCCGGGAGUCUAGUCACUCGAGCUAUCAACCCUGUGCUCUUCCACUUCGAUAUCUUCGUAGCCAAACCCCAGAACCAUAUGGUUCAGCGGCCCGUUUUGGAACCGGCUGGUAUAUUCGAUGAGGUGCCACAAGGUUCUAUGAAGGACGUGGCAUUCCCGCCGUUUAUAUGGCAAAAUAUGCACGAUGAGGUGAUUGGAUACAUGUGGGAGAGGGUGGUGAAGUGUGUGUUGGCAGUUGUGGUUGCGAAACCUGGUGUUACAACUAGGGGCGUGGUGAAGGCGCUGCAAGGGGUUGUUAAUACGAGGGAUGUUUUGAAUGCGGCUAGGUGGUUGGAACAGAGGGGCGGUGUAGUCGGGAAGGUUGAAGGGAGAUAUUGGGCCGGAAAGGAAUACUUAUGGUGUGGUGUUUAA